CCGACAACGAAACGAACACCGUGUACCGAGAAAACUCUAUAUACAAACAAAAAGUUACCUCAGCACAGUCAACUCGACUCACUCAUAACGCGAAUAUCGUCGUCGGCAUCAAAAACUUAAAUAAUAAAAACAUUAUUAAGCGUUUUUGGACGUACAAAGAAGAGAUCAAAUUAAAAGAUAAAAAAAAAGGAUUUUCGGGGUAGUGAGUGAGAGAAUGCGCAAAAACAACUCGAAACCGCAAAGAAGAGUCAUCGUCAUCGCGUUGAGAGGAUCUUGAAACGAAAUAAAGAAAAAAAAAUAACUAAAUAACCAUCCAGACUUGUUUCUUUGUUAUGUCCAAAAAAGACGAAACAACCAAAUGCAGACAAAUCAUAGACGAUCACGAAAACACAUUGGAAUUUUCCCCAUACAAAAAGGACCGUUUAAAAACAACAUUCACCUAUUUCGGUUAUUUAAUCACUUUUGGGUUAUUGAGAUUAUUUUAUCAUUGGUAUCCGCAUUUUUUAUUAUUUUCAACGCACAAACUCACCAAUUUUGAGGAAGCCGAGAAAAUUUUGGUUAUUGAUAAAUACAAAGGAAAACAUAAAACUUAUUACGUUGAAAAAAUCCAAAAUAUUUCAACAGAAAAUAAAUCCCCAAUAUGUUUCACUUUAAGCAACGGAUUACGAAAAAGCGAGACGAACGUGAAAUGUUUUUAUUGCAAAAAAGUCUGCUACAUUUACGACGACGACUUUGGGAAAUUUUUUAAAUUGAUGGGAAUCGAUCAUUUCGCGGAAAAAUCUCAAUUGAUUCAAUCGAACGAUGGAAAUAAUAAAAAUAACGAGUUAACAAGAAAUUCAAGAUCAAUAAUUUACGGAAAAAACGCCAUAGAAGUCCCAUUACAAAGCAUAUUUAAACUAUUCAUCCUCGAAGCUUUAACCCCCUUCUACAUAUUCCAAGUAUUCAGUUUGAUCGUGUGGUUCGCCGAGCAAUACUAUUAUUACACAAUCGCCAUCAUUUUAAUGUCAAUGUACGGCAUCUCAUCGUCGAUCAUCCAAACGCGAAAGAACCAGCACAAUCUGCGAGGAACCGUCGACAAAACGGAUCACGUCGAAAUUUUAUUAAAUAAUUUAAUCGUUAAAAUCGACUCGAUCGAUUUAGUUCCCGGCGAUAUCCUCGUGAUUCCCAAAAACGGGUGCACAUUGCAUUGCGAUGCCGUCUUAUUAAACGGAAAUUGCGUCGUUAACGAAUCGACUUUAACCGGGGAAUCCGUUCCCGUUUUAAAAACCAGGAUCGAGGACUCAAAUAAUCUUUAUAACGAAAAGGAGGAUUGUAAUCAUACUUUGUAUUCGGGGACGAGUAUCAUCCAAGCUGUGAUUAAUACUAAUUUAGAUGGAAAUGAUGAUGUUGUGAAAGCGGUUGUGAUAAGAACGGGGUUUUUAACUUCUAAGGGGGAAUUGGUUAAAAGCAUUUUGUACCCCCCUCCGGUUGAUUUUAAAUUUGAGAGGGAUAGUUACAAAUAUAUCGGGAUUUUGGCGAUAAUCGCCGUUUUGGGGUUCGUUUACACGAUCGUUUCGAAAAGCUCGCGGAAUUUAGCCGCGUGGGACACCAUCAUAAAAGCUUUGGAUAUUAUCACGAUUACGAUUCCGCCAGCUUUACCCGCAGCUUUAACGAUAGGGAAGCUUUACGCGUUGAAUCGAUUGAAAGCGAAAAACAUUUUUUGUAUGAAUUCGAGGGUCAUCAACAUUUCCGGAGCGAUUAAUUGCGUUUGUUUCGAUAAGACAGGGACUUUAACUGAGGAUGGUUUAGAUUUAUUCGGGGUAAUCCCCAAAGAGAAUAUCCAAAAAAACGUGGUGAAUAACCCAAAAUCGCUUCAUCACGACUCCGAUUUAUUAAAAGCGAUGGGAUGUUGCCACUCUUUAACGAUAAUCGAUGAGAAACUUUCCGGGGAUCCCCUCGACAUAAAAAUGUUCGAAUCGACCAAUUUCAAAUUAACCCAAUCCAAUUUAAUAAUUAACGAAAAAUCAAACUUAAAAAACAUCCACCAAAACCAAUUCUCCUCAAACUUACAAAGAAUGAGCGUCAUCACUCAAGACAUCUCAACAAAAUUAGAAACCGUUUAUUGUAAAGGUUCCCCCGAGAUGAUUUUAACCCUUUCGAAUCAAAAAUCGAUCCCGGAGAUGACCCAAAACGUUUUAAAAGAAUACACGGAGAAAGGAUACCGAGUUUUGGGGGUUGGAAUGAAACACUUAAACGGGGAAAAGGAGAAAUUUGCGCGAAAUUUCGUUGAAUCUCAAUUAGAUUUUAUUGGAUUAUUGAUAUUCGAGAAUAAGUUAAAACCGGAAAGUGCGAAAAUGAUUGGGAUCUUAAAAGAUGCUGAUGUUAAGGUGGUUAUGAUUACCGGAGAUAAUGUUGAAACCGCGAUUAGUGUUGCUAAAGAAUGCGGGAUUAUUGCGAAAAAUUCGAAAGUUGCGAAUGUUGAGGUUAGAAAUGUCGAAAAAGAUGUUGAGUUAAAUUUGCAUUUUCAAGAAAAUCAUAGUAAAGAUAUCGAUUUACCCGUUAAUUUAACGAUAACGGGGCAAAAUUGGGAAUGUUUAAAACGAUACUUUCCCAGUCAAGUUCAAAAAGUUGCGCUUCAAGGAACGGUUUUUGCUCGGAUGAGUAGCGAUCAAAAACAACAGUUAGUUUUGGAAUUACAAAAUUUGGGGUACUUUGUUGCAAUGUGUGGUGAUGGUACAAACGAUUGCGGUGCUUUAAAAGCGGCUCACGUUGGAAUAAGCCUCUCAGAAGCCGAUGCGAGCGUAGCAUCACCAUUUACAAGUAAAACUCCAAAUAUAUCCUGCGUACAAGAAGUAAUUAAAGAAGGAAGGGCGGCUUUAGUAACAAGUUUUGGUGUUUUUAAAUUUAUGUUAUGUUAUAGCUUAACUGAAGUGAUAUCGGUGAUAAUCUUGUAUGGUAUCGAUUCAAAUUUAACCUCAUUACAAUUUUUAUUCAUCGAUAUCUGCUUGGUUUUAAAUUUUGCUUCUUUGUUUGGUUACACUAAAGCGUACGAGAAAGAAUUAGCAACGAAACCACCUUGCAUAUCACUUCUAAGCUUCAUUCCAUUAAUGUCGUUGAUUAUCCACACGAUUUUAGUCGUUAUUUUUCAAACUACGUCGUACUUCGUUAUCCAAUUGUACGAUUUUUAUGAACCUUUCAUUUUGGAUACGGAAAAAUUAAACUAUUUCGCUUCGUUUGAAAAUUACGCCGUUUUCUCAAUAUCUUUAUUUCAAUACAUAAUAACGGCCAUCGUAUUUUCGAAGGGUAAACCGUACAGAAAACCUUUAAUUUCAAAUUAUUACUUACUAAUAAGUUUGGUUUUGAUGACGGUUAUUUGUUCUUACAUGGUUUUGUGGCCGGCGAAUUGGAUAAUUAACGUUUUAGAAAUGAAAAUACCCCCAAAUGUUUAUCCGGGAUUCGUUAUUCUUUUAUUGGGGUUAAUUAAUUUUGGGGUUGCAAUGAUUUUUGAGGAUAUCGUAGUCGAUCGAUUCUUUGCCAAUAAAAUACGACCCGUUUUGAUUAAAAACAAACCUUUGCAUUUAGAGAUUAGGGAUAAUUUGACGUGUAUGGGGUGGAUUGGAAAAGAAAAUGUUAAUGUUUAUAUUGGAACGGAUACUGAAAAUUGUUAUUAUAACAAAGCUUUCGUCGAAGAGAAAUUGUAGUUUAAAUAAAUAAUUUUUUUUAAUGA